AUGGCUUCCACAUCGACAAAGCCAGCUGCUACGACAUCAAUUCUGACACCAGUAAUGACUUUGAAGGGUCACGGAGACGACAUUCGAUCUGUAUCCUACUUUCCAGACGGCCGGCGAAUGAUCAGCGGAUCUUUGGACAAGACCACUCGGCAAUGGGACUUGCAGACGGGUAAGGAGAUUGGAAAGGCGCAGGAUGUUUCUGGGCAGGAAGUAGAUGUGGUGGCGGUAUCAAAGGAUGGUCGAUGGAUCAUUACUGCUGGUGGAGAUGAUAUUCCGGAGGUCAAAGUCUAUGAGGUCGAGACGGGAAUCGUGAAAACAUUCGAAGGCCACUCAGACCAGAUUGCCUGCAUAGAUAUCUCUGCGGACAGUAGGCUGCUGGCGAGCGGGGCAGAUGAUUCUACAGCGCGGGUAUGGAGCUUGGACACUGGGAAGCUCGUAGCUGGUCCAUUCAAGAGUGAUGACAAAGUGGGCGCAGUUCGAUUCUCCCAGGACUCGAAGAAGCUCGCAGUCAAGUCAAAUGCGGCGAAGUGCCUUGAGCUGUGGGAUGUCCGGACACAGAAGUUGGAUGUCAGAGUUGGGGGAUUCGCAUCUCUUCGAUUACCCCUCAUGCCAUCACCAGUUUUCUGGACAACCCAAAACCAAAACAUCACAACUGCAUUCGACACAAAGGACGACUCCGCCGACACGAUCUAUAAGUUUGAUGGGUCGACGCUGGAGACUGUUGGAGUUCCCUUUGAAGGGCACACCGGGGUUAUCACCGGUCUAGCGCUUUCAAGUUCAUUUGAUGAUGCCGUCCUCGCUAGUGCCUCUGUAGACAAUACCAUCAAGCUCUGGGCCUUCGAAUCCCGACAGCUCCUUGCCUCCUUCAGCGUCCGAAACCCUAUGUGCCUCAUCUUUUCACCCGACUCACGCCAGCUAGCUUAUGUGACGUCAUACUACAAAGAUGAUCACAACUUGAAGAUUUAUAUAUGCGACACCCCACCCAACAUCAUUACUAGUAGCACUAGGCCUGUGCCGGAUACAAAGGCAAGUACUAAUGCACACAAAAAGUCCAACCUCGGUGGUUUGCUAAAUUCUGACGCAACUCGUCGUCCUUCUGCCUUGCGCCGCAAUCCACUGAUAUUACCUAGUCCGCAAAUACCUCCGCGUACCAUAGACCCGCAGCCACCCAUUUUCAUUCGCCUCAGCAGAAUACUUCGUUUCACUUCUCGCACGAACGCAGUCCCCCCUGUCCAACCUCGUAAUCCCCUAGAUGUUCCUGCUACAUUGCCACUACCAUCCUCUCUCUCGGGGCAGGCCCCAACUCGGUUUGAUCAUUUUGAAAUAAGUUCUCCCCCUCACCCAUCAAACGGUCCAGUCACGCAGUUCCUACAACAGCACCUUUCUUUCCUCGUGCCAAGACACAGUCAUGGGCCGCCUGUCGUUGAAGUCGCACCAGGGCGCAAGUUCACUCGGCUGGUUGCUGCCAAUCUACCAGAAUACAAGAAGGUAGACGACACCCGGCGUCCGUCUAGCCAGCAGCCUGUCGUGCAGCAGGACGUCGAGUCGUCUGAUGUUGAUUCACUCCCAGACGUGCAUUGGUUCAAGGCGUUCCUGUGCUACAAUUCGUGCUGGUCCCAUGGCAGACUGAGGGUGCCUCCUCGAUGGCGCUUGGAGCGUGUCGUCAUACCCCGUCAGGAUGGCACGACAAACACUAGUAGCAGCCGCAGUGGUGCUCAACACAACCCGGGGUCAUAGAAAAAUCAAUGAUGCACACCUCGUCAUGACUUACCUUCAGAGCUACAGUGCGCCGAGUAUAACAUAUCUUUGUUCUCAUUCCCCAGUCUUGCUUCCCAGCCUCGUGCUCUUGAGAACACUUGCUUCUUUCCACGCUUGGCCCAGUGACGCGGAUCAAUGUCGAUGGUGCGGGUUUUGGCGAUGCGAGGCUUUAUGAAUUCCCUCACAUUUGCAAGUGUGUGCGCGGUCCGUGAAGUGGAAAAAGAUUGGAUGAUUGUG